CAGGAGGAGGCGGAGGCAGAGAAAGAGGAAGCGGAAGUGGGUCGUUCUCGGGUAGGUCCUGAUGUUUGGGUUUCAGGGCCUGGGAUCGCUCGACCUCGGGCUGCUGAAGAGCCUGUGACGGACCGGAACGGUGCCAUCCCCGAGGCCUGCUGACUGGCAGACUCUGCGCUCCGCGGAGAUCGGCGGCGAGCAUCAGCGACCCCGGAGCGACGGCGGGCAGCCCCGGGCAUGUACGCCCCCGGAGGCGCAGGGGUGCCCGGCGGGCGCCGGCGGAGGAGCCCGGGAGGCAGCGCUCUGCCCAAGCAGCCGGAGCGUAGCCUGGCUUCGGCCUUGCCCGGCGCCUUGUCCAUCACCGCGCUGUGCACUGCCCUCGCCGAGCCUGCCUGGCUGCACAUUCACGGUGGCACCUGUUCCCGCCAGGAGCUGGGGGUCUCCGAUGUGCUGGGCUACGUGCAGUCGGACCUGCUGAAAGAUUUUUGCAUGAAUCUCCAGACAGUACUGCUCCUGCGGGUCAUUGCCGCCUUCUGCUUCCUGGGCAUCCUGUGUAGUCUCUCUGCGUUCCUUCUGGAUGUCUUUGGGCCCAAGCAUCCAGCCCUGAAAAUCACCCGUCGCUAUGCCUUUGCCCAUAUCCUCACAGUCCUGCAGUGUGCUACCGUCAUUGGCUUUUCCUACUGGGCUUCUGAACUCAUCCUGGCCCUGCAGCAGCAACAUAAGAAGUAUCAUGGUUCCCAAGUGUAUGUCACCUUUGCUGUUAGUUUCUACCUGGUGGCAGGAGCUGGCGGAGCUUCAAUCCUGGCCACGGCAGCCAACCUCUUGCGCCACUACCCCACGGAGGAGGAGGAGCAGGCCCUGGAGCUGCUCUCUGAGAUGGAGGAGACCGAGCCCUACCCCUCGGAAUAUGAGGUCAUCAACCAAUUCCAGCCACCCCCGGCCUAUACGCCCUAAUAUCAGCCCAGCUUUCUUCUCCUGCUCCUACUCCACAGCUCCUCCCACACCCAGAGGAAUGCCUUCCCCCAGCAGGCGUCACUGGUAGGAUCCUGACCAUCCUCACCAAACCUUCCCCAGGAGAGACUCUUCCUUUUGGGUUCACAUAUCCCUGCUCUUGAAACCUGGGGUUCACAGAUUUUAUAUCAUGCACUUUCCCCCUUUUGCCACCUUCCUGUCCCUGAGGUCACUAGUCAUUAGCAACCAGGGAUUGUUAUAACAAGUUUUCUCCAUGGGCCAUAUCUUUCAGACCAGAACUUUCCUUGGGAAGCUGCUGACAGCGUGAGCAGGGCCCAAAGGAAAGGGACUGUGCCCUGCGGGCUUCCUUCGUGAUGGUCGGUGUUCGUCCCACGGCUGUAGCUGUGAGCUGACCCUGCCCCCAUUCCUUCCCAGAGUGCUCAGUGCCAGGCCUUCCACUCUGCGGAUUUCUCUGCACUUUAGUCUUUGGACUUCCCAUCCCCUGGUUCUGGUUUGAUGGGGAGAAGGAAUUGCUGUUGGGAAGCAGAACCAGUCUUCUCCCCGCCCCGCCCUGCCCCUGGCUUGGGUGCCUGGAGCCCAGGCAAGGAAAGAGCACUGGGUGUGGGCUUGGGGCCUCCUGGUACCCAGAAGGGAUCAGAGUGAAGGGGUCUGAAUUUCCCCAGCCCCUUCACCUUUUAAAAUUGAGUGGUUUUAAAAGGAAAAAACAAAACCAAACAAUAGCAACAAUAAUCUGUUUUUAAACUAGUGAAAAGACGUCUGUCAUUUUUCUGAUAUUUAUCCCAUUCUUUUGGGCUCUGCAGUGUUUUGGGCCAUAGCUCCUUCCAGCCCGUAGUAGUUCCUCCCUGAACCUCUCCCAGCAGAAUGCAGCCCUCUUCCCUUGUUUCCUCCCUCCUAGUGGCCUUCCUAUGGAACCCAGAGCCCCAUCAGCAGAGGGGCUGAGGACUAUGGCCUGGCUGGCUGGCCAGCAUGGUGCUCCUCAGGACUGUGGCACUGAGAUCUAACCUGGCCUCCGUGCAGGGACAGGGCCACAGCAGGGCAGGAAACCCACCACUCUCCACAUAGGAACCACAACCAGUGGGCCCCAUUGUGUGAGGUCAGACUGGCAACCUGGUUCUGUCCUUCAGGCUUAGUGCCUCCCCUAAACUGUGACUUGGGGCAACAGCUUGCUGCAUGCCCCCUCCCCUUCUUGAAUGUACUCUGGCCUUGCAGUGUGCUACUUACUGACUCUUUCUUGCCCAGCCAUCACUCUGCUUUUCUGUUUGCCACACAUGGCCCUGGGUCAGGCUGAAUUUUCUGCUCUGAGACUGGCAUAAAAGUUGGAGAAACUUGAGAGACCUUCAGUGUGGAUCCAGAUGGCCAAGCUUUGGAUCAGUGUCUGGUGCUGAUCCGAAAAGCAGAUGGAUCCCAAUCUCCUGCGACAGGUGACAGAGCAAGACCAGAGAAUGGACACUGCUAUUGAAUUGUGGCUAGGAAGGAUCCGUCACAUGUCUCAUCGCAGACUGCCUGGGAGUGUCUGGACAGAUGCCUGUGUGGGCAGUGAAGGCCGUGUCUGCACAUGAGUGAGUGGCUGCCUGGAGUUCACUGUGAUGCCAAAGUGUGUCCCAUCGUGACACGCUUCUAGACUCUUCUGUUAGGCAAGAGAGACUUCGGUGUGAUACUUUCACACAAAGCCAAGAACGACAUUUUCUUGUCUCUCUGUCAAGUCCUUGUUUGUCUUUGGCAGAUACCCAGGGUGUGGCCAGCUCUCACUGACCCUGGGUGUCUGCAGGGCAGAUCAGGAGACCAGGCACCAGACACUCAAGCCAAAGGGACCAGUCGUCUCAUGAGGCCCCAGACAUGACUCUGUGGACUGUUCCAUGUGAUUCAGAACCCACUUUUUAUUAGCUUUCCAUACCUCUGACCUUUCUCUUUCCCCUACUAUCCCAACACUGUCAUAUAAAUUCCCCUGGUUGUGUUUUUUUCUUUUUAGGAAAAAAAUAAAAAUAAAAAAGCAAAAA